AUGAAAGGAAAUUAUAUCCCCACGACAACGUUUCAAAAGACAAUCUUGUCGGUGGGUUCGGCUGCUAUUGCUCUUAUUAAUCCACAUAGAGGAGACAUGAUUGCAUGUCUAGGAGAAGUUACUGGAGGAAAUUCUAUUAAAUAUAUGCGCGAGAAAAUGCUAGAAACUAAUGAAGGUGCGAAAAUUCUCAUAGAACAACCGCGUAUAAAUUCCCGAACUGUUUGUUUUAAGACACUUUCAGAAAUGCCGGAAGGAACAGUUGGUAGAGUUUAUGCAAAUUUUAUGAAAGAUAAUAACAUAACUGCGGACUCGAGGCUGCCAGUCCAAUUUAUUGCUGAUCCUGAUUUGGCAUAUGUAUUGCAAAGGUAUAGAGAGGUUCAUGAUUUAGUUCAUGCAACUUUGUUUAUGAAGACUACAAUGCUAGGUGAAGUUACUAUUAAAUGGGUAGAAGGCAUUCAAACAAAACUGCCAAUGUGUAUUAGUGGUGGGAUUUGGGGAGCAGCGAGGCUUAAACCAAAGCAUCGUCAAUUAUACCUGAAGUACUAUUUACCAUGGGCUAUUAUGACUGGAAAUAAUGCAAAAUAUUUACAAGGAAUUUAUUUUGAAAAACGUUGGGACCAAGAUAUAGAUGAUUUUCAUAAAGAAAUGAACAUUGUAAGGUUACAUAAAAAAUGA